AUGAAAUUGCUGAGUAUUUGUUUUGCACUGUGUUUAAGUUUUUCGAUUUGCAAUGUAAAAAGUGCGAAAAUUUUGGGCGUUUUUCCCAUGCACGCCCAUAGCCACUACACAUUGGGAAUUACAUUAAUGAAGGAAUUGGUGAGCAGAGGUCACGAGGUCACUUUUAUUAGCGCCUAUCAACAAAAAAAUCCCAUAAAAAAUCUGAGAGAGGUUUCUUUGGAAGAAGCUAUUCCAGAAAAUGAUUACAAAAAGUUCUUGUUUCAUCUGCACGAAGCCUCAUUUUUGGAGCAAAACAAUUUAAUAAUAAAAAUGGGAAUAGAUCAAACAAAAAACAUACUUAAUCUAGAAAAAGUACGAAACCUACUUAAACAAAACGAACGUUUUGACCUUGUAAUAAUAGAAAAUCUCGUAAAUGAUGCCUAUUUGGGUUUCGGUUAUCAUUUUAACGCACCAAACAUUCUUUUGGCCCCUGGACCUAUGACCUAUCUGAACAAUUAUUUUGUUGGUAAUCCUUCACCUUCAGCAUACAUCCCUAAUAUUAGUUCGAGAUUUGGUCCCAACAUGAACUUGAUAGAGAGAAUAAAGAAUCUAUACUAUAAUACACUGGGAGAAAUUUUGUUGAAUUUUAAGUUAAUACCAGGCCACAACGAGAUACUUCAAAGUACUUUCCCUGGUGCACCCGAUAUAAGAGAGUUAAUACACAAUGUUAGCCUAAUUUUAACCACAUCACAUAGCAGCAUAAACAGCCCAGCACCUUUAAUGUCCUCUGUAAAAGAAAUCGGAGGUUAUCACAUCAGCAAACCAAAAGAUUUACCUGAAGAUCUACAACGCUAUCUGGAUGACGCCAAGGAAGGCGUGGUGGUUUUUUCAAUGGGUUCCAGUCUAAAUGCAUCCAUGUUACCAAAUCAUUUAAAACAGUCUAUUUUGAGGACUUUUGGAAAGCUACAGCAAAAGGUUUUAUGGAAAUUAGAGACCGAUUUACCUGGGAAGCCCAAAAAUGUUAAGAUUGUCGAUUGGCUUCCACAAAAUGACGUCUUAGCUCACCCCAACGUAAAACUGUUAAUCUCUCAUGGUGGUAUUCUAAGCGUUAUAGAAGCAGUUUACCAUGGCGUACCAAUCCUGGGUAUUCCAGUAUUUUGGGAUCAAGAACAAAACAUCAAAAAUGCAGUCCACAAUGGUUUUGCUUUAAAUUUGCCUUUGAGGGAGCUUAACGAAAAUACAUUGUUUUCGUCUAUCCACCAUAUAUUGUACACUCCAGAAUUCGAGAAAAAUGUCAAAUCCAGGCAAGCUAUUCUCCUCGAUCAGCCUAUGACCCCCAUGGAGACCGCCAUAUACUGGAUUGAACAUGUUAUUAAAUACAAAGGAGCUGAACACUUGAAAUCGCCUGCGUUAAGGUUGAUGUGGUACGAAAGGGAUAUGUUGGAUGUUUACUUUUAUAUUUUGUUGUUUUUCGUCGGAUUGUGUUUAGUUGUGAAAAAAUGUUUUAGGUAUUUGUGUAGUUGCAAGUCCAAGAAGAACGUUGUGAAAGUUAAAAAAAAUUAAGUCCUUUAUUUUAAAUAUAGUUUGUUUUCUUUAACAUCCUUUAGAGAUGUAUACAAUACAAUCAGUAUGUAAGAAGAGAAUGUAUUUUAUUAUUUCUGCAUUUGGGUGUAGGACUUUUUUGUGGCAAAGCGUUUGAGCGAUGCAUUUAUACUUCGCCGGAGGCAUGGUCUUAUGUUAGACUGUGAGAAACUGCUUCUAUAUCGGAUUUAAACGGUUAAAGGGUUAAAUUUCGAUUUACACAGAAAAAUUAGACAUUUGACCGCCGCGGCGCGCCGGUAAUACAGAUUCCCAU